UUUGUUCGUAUCGUCAAGGCUGUCACUCACUGUGCCGCAAUCUUGGGCGGUAAUACGAGACGAGAACCUUGCCCACCAAAGUUAUCUCUAAGUGCCAUUCUUAUAUAUCCUCAUUCCUCACACUGAUCACUCACUAUUCACAUUAUUGAAUUUCUACUCUAUAAUCUCUAUCUCGCAAAACUGCAACAAUGCCCAUAACACUCGACACCCCCCUCACAAACCCAAGAUGGAGCAAACCUCUCCUCCUGCUCCUCUGGAUCGCACAACUCCUCAUCAUCCUCUUCCUCCAGUUCUGGACCGCAAUCCUGACCGUCGUUGUAGGCGCUAGCGGUGGACACAAGAAAUUACCAUGGCUCCUCACGGCGACGCUCAUCAUUAUGUUCUUCUCCCAACUGGCAAUCCUGUUCACGAUUUUCUACGAAUUCUCCUGGGCAUCUAGCCUUGCGCAGCUGUCAGCUGCUCGCUUCUUGAAGAUCCAGGUUGCGAAAUCGGUGUAUUUUCUGUUUUUCGUGGUUGUGAUUCUUGUUUCGGGGACGACGUUCCCUGGGGAAGGGCAACCGGGUGUGUGGGGUACAGCUUGGAGGCUGGGGAUCUUUGUGGGUCCGUUUUGGGGCGCGCUAGCUUAUGCCGGUGUUAUGAUGGCGAAGAAGAGGAGAGAGGGGUACGUGGAGUUUGAGUAUAGAGAUCGUCCAUCAAGUCGAGGACAGGCUUAGUACCCUGCCUGAACUGAUGAGAAGUGCAGAGGAAGUGGUCUCGAUGUUGGGGUGAAGGAGUGGAUGGUUUUGGGACUUUGAAUGUGGGGAUAUGGAUAGGGGUUUAGGGGCGCUAUGAACUUUAUGGACAUUAUGGACAUUGUGGGCAUUGGUCAUCAGGA